AUGGCACUUCAAACAGUCCACGCUACACUCACAGUCGCAUCCACUGAACUUGCCAGCACAAUGUCCGAACCAGGUCCAGAAUCCUUUCCUACGAGCGCCGACCCGCGCAGCAAGCGCCCUACCAAGCGUCGCGCCGUGACUCCACUCUCCGAACACGCGAACCAGAUCGAGACUCUCUUCAAAGACCCCAGCAAAGAUAUCAAGCUUCCAGAAUCAUCUACACAACGAUCGUCGUCGCUUCUUGCGCCACCUGAGAUCGUCACAAAUGUUCAAGGCUCGUCCGCAGGUGCGGGCUCCGGUGAAUUCCACGUGUACAAGGCCAGUCGGAGGCGCGAAUAUGAGCGUCUGCGCAUGAUGCAGUCGGAAGUGGACCAAGAGAAGGACAAUGCUAGCUGGGAGAAGGAGCGCGCAGAGGCCAAGCGCAAGGAUGACGAGAAGACCGACAAGAAUCGCCGGAGGCGUGAGAAAAAGAGGAAUGCCCGGGGCAAGAAGGGCGACAAGAUGGACGCAGCGCCGACUGCUGGGCCUGCACCGGGGACGAUGGUCAGCGCAGAGGGGGAGAAUGGAGCCGCUUCUGGCGCCGCUGAUGGCCAGCCGGCGCAGGAAGUUCCCGGGGUCAUUAUCCACGACGACGAUUGA